CAUUCCUUUAAAAACACCAAGGUAAACACCUAGAUAUCACGUAUCGCCGUCAUCAUGCGUCUCCCCUACGUCGCCGAUCCUCCCCCAACCCAAACCGAGCAAGAUGCCGCCAUCGUGCAGCGCAUCCAAGACCGUCGUGCUCCUCGCCCUCUCCAGGCCCUGGAUCUGACUCUCCUGCACUCGCCCCACGUAGCAGAUGGCUGGAAUUCCUUCCUAGGCGCUGUUCGCACCAAGACGUCUCUCAGCGAUGAUGUGCGUGAGCUGGCUAUUUCGCGAGUCGCCGUAUGCAACAAGGCGUGGUAUGAAUGGGGCCACCAUGCGCCGUUGGCCAUCCAGGGCGGUGUGGGCGUGGCUGCCAUGGAGCAUGUCAAGGAAGAUUCCCUGGGGGAGAGGCCAGAGGGACUGUUGAGUGAGAAGCAGUGGGCGGCGCUGGUGUAUGCGGAUGAGAUGACCAAGAAUGUGCAAGUCAGGGACGAGACAUUUGCGCUCUUGAAGCAGCAUUUCAACGACCAGGAGGUUGUAGAAAUUACGGCAACGGUCGCUGCCUACAACUGUGUGAGCAGAUUUUUGGUUGCUCUGGAUGUGGGUGAAAAGAAUGGUACUGGCCCAGAUGCUGUGUUGUCUGCUCAUUGAUCGGAAUUUGGUCUGGAGACUGUACUCAUCGUUGAUUCAAAACAGGAAAGGACAUAGAGAAGGAAAUAGAAGAAGCGUAGAGCUGAAUAAUAAUGAGUGUAAAAAA